GGCAGUAGCAAUAUUAUGGCAGUGUUUACCUGCACGCUACAAACCUAGGCAUUAAACUAACCCACAGCACACUGUAACACUACUGUACACAUGCUGUGCUGCUGGUAGUUGUGCUGUGACAGGGUCAGUGAUCGCAGGAAGCUGCGGCACAUCUCUCAGCUGCUGAUGGAGCACAUCCGACUACCAAAGGUGGAGAAUGUCAAGCUGCUUGACAGAGUCUCCCCCAGAAGGAGCAGGGUGGGCACCCUCUACCUGACAGCCACACACACCAUCUUUGUGGAGAACGAGGCAGGAGUGCGCAAUGAAACAUGGGUGCUUCACAGUUUAGUGUGCAGUGUGGAGAAACAAGCUGCCACAGCGUCAGGAUGUUCUCUGCUCAUUCACUGCAAGAACUUUCAGGUUCUGCAUUUUGUCUUGCCUCAAGAGCGGGAGUGCCAAGAUGUCCAUCUGUCCCUGCAGCGGCUCUCCCAGCCAGAAUGUUACGAGGAGCUGUAUUGCUUCGCCUAUAAGCCUAAUGUUGAUGAGGAGGAGAGACGGCAGGAAUGGGACUUCUUGAACCUUAAGGCUGAUUACAGCAGAAUGGGACUCCCAAACUCCCUGUGGAAACUCUCCUCUGUCAACCAACGCUACAAGGUGAGUGACACUUACCCUGCUGACCUGUUUGUGCCUGAGUCCGCCACACCUCCGGUCAUAGUGGGGAGCUCCAAGUUCAGAAGCAGAGGCAGAUUUCCCACUCUGUCAUACUACUCCAAAGAAAAUCAUGCUGCCAUCUGCCGAAGCAGCCAGCCCCUGUCAGGUUUCAGCGCUCGUUGCCUAGAGGAUGAACAGAUGCUGGAGGCCAUCUUGAGGUCCAACCCCCACAGCGACUUCAUGUAUGUGGUGGACACCAGGCCUAAGCUGAAUGCAAUCGCAAACCGAGCUGCAGGAAAAGGCUAUGAAAACGAAGACAACUACUCCAACAUUAAAUUCCAGUUCAUCGGCAUUGAGAACAUCCACGUCAUGAGAAACAGCCAACAAAAAAUGCUGGAAGUGUGUGAGCUGCGUUCCCCCUCCAUGUCUGACUUCCUGGAAGGUCUGGAGAACUCAGGCUGGCUAAAGCACAUCAAAGCUGUUUUGGAUGCAGGCAUCUUCAUCGCCAAGGCUGUUGCAGAGGAGGGCGUCAGUGUCCUGGUUCACUGUUCAGAUGGUUGGGACCGCACUGCUCAGGUGUGUUCAGUGGCCAGUGUGCUGCUGGAUCCGUACUACAGGACCCUCAGGGGACUCAUGGUCCUCAUUGAGAAAGACUGGAUCUCAUUUGGACACAAAUUCUCCCACAGAUGCAACCACCUGGUCGGAGACCCUAAGGAGGUGUCUCCCAUCAUCGAUCAGUUCCUGGAGUGCGUGUGGCAGCUCAUGGAGCAGUUCCCCUGUGCCUUUGAGUUCAAUGCGAGGUUCCUCAUCACCAUUCACAGCCACAUCUACUCCUGCCAGUAUGGCAACUUCAUUGGCAACAACCAGUGGGAGAGGAUAGAGCUGGGACUGCGUGAGAGGACUCACUCUUUGUGGAGUUAUCUAUGGAAGAACCAGGCAGACUACAUCAACCCUCUGUACCGGCCAGACCACAGCCAGACACAGGGUCUCCUCCGGCCGUCUACUGCCCCCUACUGCUUUAAGUUUUGGAGAGGGCUGUACAACCGCUUUGACCGAGGGAUGCAUCCUCGACAGUCUGUGGAGGAUUAUCUGAGAGCCAUCCAGGAGGAGACACAGCAGCUGGAGGAGCAGUUGGCUUCACACAAACAGAAAAUUGCUCAGCUGGAACAGGACCAGGAGUGGAGUGUUACCCAAAAAGCAACCGCCUUUGAUAAGAGCCCCACAGCAUGGGCUCUGGGUAACGACCUCGGUCUGGCCAACACCCCUCAGGACUACACCGGGGGCUUCUUCACCAGCAGCCCCUGUCAGCCCAAAGCACCAGACAGCAGCCUGAUCCUGCCGACCCAGGACUUGAACCAAACAUCUGAAUCCAACCUCUCCAACGGCAGCGACCAGGAGUCAGGGAUCGCAGACGUGAGCUGUCGUUCCCCUCUUAGUGAGGACAGCACCAGGGAUCCAGACUCUGAUGAAGCUGCCUACUCAACUGCCUGAUCAAAUGUAGCACAUAGUGGAAGGUGUAGCAUCAACCCUCCGUCCACUGUGCCACUGAACAAACACUACUGUACCUUUUUUACACUCAACAAGUAACCCAGCUAUUGGCCAACUCCAGUGAAAAGUUUUAUUGGGUUACACAAGUGACUUGCACUCCUGUUUGCAUGUGGUGUGGUGGGCCCUCUCUGUUGCCACAUACAUACUAAUUAAUAGUUAUUUACUGUAGCUGACCACAUUUUACUUCUUAUCCCGGUACAAUGCUAAAAGUAAUAACACAACUGGAUAUUGCUCACUGUCAUGUAUCUUGUUGAUGGCAGUUAACCCAUAAGAGUCUCCACAAAAAGUUGAAAAUAGUUUGAUGCCUCCAUGGCCAGUGAACAGUUUAACGUUGGAGAUAUUUCAGCCACGAUUAUAUUGAAAGCCUAAGGUGAACAAAAACAAGUUUACGAGAGUAAAGAAUGAGUUAAGAA